AUGUAAGAUGCGAGAUUCCCCAUGCGUUGCGAGUCCCUGGUUACCAUGUUGCUGCUGAUGAACAUCCUGCUGACGAGCACCGCGCAUUCUGCCCAACGGAACGAUCCGCGCUUCAAGCCCGGCUCCAUUCCCUGCAAGGCGAACUUGAAAGCCAGCCAGGUGGCCUCGAAGGCGGCCAAGGAUGCGAAGGACGCCAAGGAUGCCCAGCCGUCUGCCGCGGAGGUGGCGGGUCAGCGGGCUCGAGCCAUGCUGGCGGACAGAGCGUUGCAGGCGGCUAAGGCUGCGGAGGCGGCGCUUAAUGGAAAAAAGCAGCUUCUGGAUGAACUCACCAAAAGUCAGGCCGAAACGAAGAGGGUCAUCGAGGAAAUCCAACGAGCCAUAGCUGCCAGUUCGGGUUCGUCAAAGACGACUAAAGGAAUUCGCGACAAGCUGUGCAAAUCUGUGGCUGUUAUGCAAAGUUUGUUGCAGGAAAUGGGCAGCAAUCUCGACAACAUCCGGCGGGUGGCCCUCAGUGCCCAGAAGGAGGCGGCGGAAAAGCGCAGUCUCCUCGAAGCGGCCAAGAGGCGGGUGGAAGAGCUCCAUAACUGCAUGUCGCAGGCUCAGGCGGAUCUGGAGCGAAAUAAGGAGAACGCCAAGAAGGCCAGUGACGCCGCCAAAGAGGCCCAGCAACGGAUCGAAACUGUGCAGAAACUAGUGCACAGGAUUAAGAUGCUGAAGCGAAAGGAUCUCCAGUCGCUGGAGAGCUUCCUGCGCAGAAGAAGAAGAAGUAGCAGGCCUGCAAAAAGAAGUUGAGUUGGUUGUUUGGUCAUCACAAUAAGGAGGUUUAUAUUUUGUUAUUAAACACCAUAAAAUACAGUUAGAUUCAGAAAUGGUUUAGCUUCUAUAUAUUCGUAGUUAUUUAAUAAAAUAAAAAACUAAAUGUUAAA